AUGGCUAUGAUGUACCCGUUCCACGUCGCCCAACCUCCUCUUAACUGGUCAGAGCACCUGUGGGUUCCUGAAAUUUCCCCUGCCAAAGAGUCAUUCAUCACCUCGAUCUGUGAGCAUCGACAGGCGCAAUGGGACAACCAGGAUCUUCUGAAACACCUCCAAGACAGCGUGGCAAUUCUUCAGAAGGAGGAUCAACGUUUGGCUCCAGCUGCGGCGCCAGCGGCUCCAGUCAACGCUCAGAAUAACUGA